GUGCGCGGUUUUUUUUUUUUUAGUCCAGUUUUAUGCGUCAUAAUGGACUCUUGUAGGUUUUUCAUUAAACUUACAAAAUGUAGGUUUUUGUUUCCCUUCAUAAUAUUAUGACCUAUUUAUAGAUAUGAUCAAGGAAGCAAUUAAGUUGCCUGUUGUGCAAUUGGUGGUGGCGGAAAAUGUCGGUCGUGUCACAGCCACCCACAUACCAAGAGGCGCACAUGCUAACACACGGCCAGCCGAUUACUUCGUGUUCCUCCUCUAAUGUAGAUGUUGCCAGUGUUGGUUCGACAGUGAUAACUGUAGCUACCGGAACGGUGGGUUCAGCUGACGCCGAGACUGAACAGACAGAAAACUUCAAACAAUCCAUUUACAGACACCCAUUGUUCCCGCUGAUGGCGCUGUUGUUUGAGAAGUGUGAACAAGCAUCGCUGUCUUCCGACUGCCCGUCUUCCGACAGUUUUGAUGUUGACAUUCAGGCGUUUGUUCGCCACCAGGAAUCCGAGCGGAAACCGUUCUUCAGUGAUGAUGCAGACCUGAAUGGUUUGAUGGUUAAUGCAAUACAGGUGUUACGAAUACACUUGCUGGAACUCGAGAAAGUGACAGAGUUGUGUAAAGACUUUUGUACGCGCUACAUUGCCUGUCUGAAGGGGAAACUCCACAGCGAGAACCUGUUGCGCAUCGACAACCAGUAUGAUUCGGACUCCGACACACCCACAACUCCCGGCCCCUCCCCCAUGCAGAUGUCACAGGUCAUGGGGUCAGGGGUCAACGGAAACGUAGUCCUACAGCAGACGCUGCCGCAGCCCACAGUUUCCAUGGCAACGAUUAACCAGGGACAGAUCGUGUCGGGCAACACGGUCUACCAGAUGGUUCAUACGCCGCAGGGCAUUGUGGCUCAGCCUAUCCAGAUUCAGACUGCACCUUUGGUCCAAGCGCAGGUUGCACAAAGUACAGUUAUACAUGGGAGCACCCCACUUUCCCAGAUAGGGAUGGUCGGUACCCCUAUUCCAAAUCAGAUUACACAAACAGUGACAUCUCAGCCUCCAACCUCCACUGCUAAUCUUUCCCAGAAUGCAAUGGCAUUUUUUGAAGAAGACGACUCGUCAGGGAAGAAGAAGAACAAGAGGGGCGUUCUACCUAAACAGGCUACUCAAGUGAUGAAGUCCUGGCUUUUCCAACAUAUUGUGCAUCCCUACCCAACGGAGGACGAGAAGAGACAAAUUGCGGGAAAAACUAAUUUAACUCUUCUUCAAGUCAAUAACUGGUUUAUUAACGCAAGAAGAAGAAUAUUACAGCCCAUGUUGGAUGCCAGCAAUCCAGACGUUACCAAAGUGAAGAAAACGAAACCUCAAACGAGACCACAGCAACGGUUUUGGCCCGAGAGUAUAGCAAACCUACAACCGCAGUUACCUCCCCCUGUGGAGAGACAAGACGGUUCAUUGGACGAGUCGGAGUUGUCGAACUCUUCUCAGAAGGAGGUGAUAGAUGCGUCUUCCAUUUCUCAGAAUCAACAGAUUCUGUUGCCUAUGAUGACGGCUGAUGGACAGAUCAUACAAGUGAACACAACGCUAGGCAAUCUGCAGUCGGGCUCCAUGCCAAUACUCGCCCAGGUUGCCACGACGAUGCCGCCAGUCUCUCACAAGACAGAAAUGGAAGAAGUGAUAUCCAGUGCCUCCGAUGAAGGAUGAACUGUAGUGAUGACUGCAUAUGUGUUUUUUCUUCACAAUCCGAUGCCCUGCCAUCGACCAGCGGACAUGGGUGAUAGUAUAUAGCACUCUAUAGUGCCGUCCUGCUUCAGUAUGCCCUAAACAUUUGGUGUACUGGAAGGAAGCUCCAUUACCAUAUGUUACCAGAGAAAUAUGUGGGAUGUCAAGGCUGUAUGAAGAGGAUAAGUGUGUGUGUUUGUGUGAGUUUGGGGGAACCCAUGAUAUCCUCCCCACCCUCUAUUAAAGGGACUGUCCUGAGUCUGCAGUCAUUGUAAGCUGUUUGCGAUAACAGAGCCUUGUUUGUGACUACUAUUUCAUACUAAAUACAUUUUUUUUUUUUUUUUUUUUAGAAUA